UGGAUGCGGAUGCGGGAGCGGGUUAACGGUGCCGGCGCUGCCCCGAGCGGAAAGGUGUACUUGUGAUCAAGGCGCGGUCGGUCCGGUGCCUGAGCUCCCGCAGUCCUGGGACGGGAGGCAGGAACCGGGAGCUGGUGGAAAGCGGCGGCGUCGCGGGGAGGGUGUCAGCAUCGCUCCCGGGGUGAUGUCUGAGAGAGGACGCGGCCGGGGCAGAGCACAGUUCACCUUUAACAUCGAAGCCAUCGGCUUCUCCAGAGGCGAAUCCUUGCCUGAUACUGGAUGCCAGCCGCUCCCUUUAUUUCCGCCCACAGAAUUUAAGCCUGUCCCCUUGAAUACAGGGGAAGAUGUGAACUAUAUCCUAGCCUUGAAGCAGGAGUUAAGGGGAGCCUGCAAGAAGCUGCCUUACUACAUUGAAGCUGCUAUUGAAAAAAAAGAUAUUGAAAGGUAUGCUCAAAAGUAUACAGAAAAGAAUGGCACCAAGAAAUGGACACCAGAUUGGAGAAGACUUCCAAGGGAGCUAAAGCCAAGAAUUAAAAUGUCAAAAAAAGCAAGAAUUGACACAAAUGUACCCACAGAGUCCAAAAUGAAGAGUCCAGAGGUUGUGGUUGACAAAUCUAAUGAGGAUGUAAUCCAAAAACUUCAGGAUCUAGAGAAGAAAGACACUGAAAAUAAAUCUGAUGAAGAAACUGAAGAGAAGGAGAAAGAAGAAGAUGAGAAUGCUGAGGAUGAAGAGUACAAUGAGGAGGAAUUUGAAGAGGAAAAUGAUUAUAUUGCAUCAUACUUUGAAGAUGGAGAUGACUAUGCAGCUAGCGACGAUAAUAUGGACGAAGCUACAUACUAGCAGUGCCUGGCAUUCCAUGUAUAUUAAACACUGUGAAAUGAUUCAGUGAUAUUGUUACAAUUAUUUUAACUUUCCUUAGGUCACUUGUUUUGCACUUGUAAAGAAAUCAAAUAAAAAAAAAUUCUUGUUUACAGUGAAGAUAACAGAGUCAUAAAGGAGCUAAAAUGGGUAGUUGCACAUCAGACGUUCAUUGGAUAGUAAUAGAUCUUGGAUUUUGCACUAAUAUUAUAAACCAUUAUAUAAUUACGCACAUAUUUUGAGGAGAAUCAUGUUGCCAAAGUUAUGUUGCAAAAAUAUUUCAGGGCACCAGGGGUUAGUGCAGCAUUAUUAUAGCUCAGCAUUGGAGUUUGGAGUUCAAUUAGGGUAGCACACUAGUGAGUGGUUCGCACGACGUUUUACUGUACAGCAAACCCAGGUUCAGUUCCCGCCACUGCCUGUAAGGAGUUUGUAUGUUCUCCCAUUCACUGUGUAAGUUUGCUCUGGGUGCGCUAGUUUCUUCCCACAGUCCAAAGAUGUAUGGGUUGGUAGGUUAAUUGGUCAUUGUAAAUUGUUGUGUGGUUAGGUGAGGUUUAAAUCGGAAGAUUUCUGGGCAGUGUGGCUCGGAGGUCCAGAAAGGCCUAUUCCACACUGCACAUCCAUCAAUAAAUUAAUUAAAUAAACAAUUCCAGUGUACUCCGUAAGAAAGCUUGUGCGUUCUUCCCAUGUGCGCAUGAGUUUCCUCCAGGUGCUCCAGUUUCCUCCCGCAUUCCAAAGACGUACCAGUUAGCAGGUUAAUUGGUCAUUGUAAAUUGUCCCGUGAUUAGAGGCUUAGGUGAACUUGAGGGUUGCUGGGCGGCACAAAUCAUUGGGCUGGAGGUGAUACAUCUGUGAUGUAUCUCUCCGGUCAAUAAAUAGAAACAGGCUAAAGAUCCGAAUGUGUAAGCUGGAAGUUAACAGGCUUGGGUGGCAUUUUUAUGAACUAUUUUUAAAGCAGGCCUUGGUAAUUAUGAAAUUAAGACCAUUUCAAUGGAUGUACACUAUCUUGGUGCUAAAGCAUAUCUGGUUUCUUUACCGUUUCUGAUUUCUUUGGCAUGAAUAAUGCUCAAAGCAAAAAGUUUGAAUAAAAACAGGAAAUUCUGGAAAUUUGCAACAAGCUGGUCGGUAUCCAUGGAGAAAGAAACAGUUAGCAUUUUGGUGUAACGAACUUCACGUUUGAGUAAGACUGAUUAAUCUUGACUCAAGCUUUGAGUGUUUCUGCUAGUCACAAGAGUUGAAAACCAUUAUCAAAUGGAUUAUUAUAAAGAAAUGAAAUCAUGUUUACAGAGCCUACUGCCUUCAUUGCCUGUGUGUGUAACCUACCUCUUAAAUUAUUGCUGCACACGUGGGACUUCGGGUAAUUCACAUCUCCAACUUCACAUCACAUUUUCUGUGCAAUUGUUUACAUAUUGCAUUAGAAAAAAUAUCUUAAAAUAUUUUUCAAGAAAAAAGCAGUCCACUUCUUUCAGUAUGAUAAUUCCUUAUUCUCUAAGAUUUGGCAAUUUUGUAAGAAACCCAAUGUUAAUCCAUACUCGGUGGCCACUUCAAGGUUUGACGUGCUGUACAUUCAGCGAUGCUCUUUUGCACACCACUGUUGUAACAUGGGGUUAUUUGAGUUAUUGUUGCAUUUCUGUCAGUUUGAACCAGUCUGGCCAUUCUCCUCUGACCCCUCUCAUUAACGUGAUGUAUUUGCACACAGACCCUCCCACUCAUUGGAUGUUUUUUUUUGGGGGGAGGGGGUUUGCACCACUCUCUAUAAACUGUUGAGACUGUUGUAUGUGAAAAUCCUAGGAGAUCAUCAGUUCCUGAGAUUCUCAAACCACCACAUCUGGUACAAUCAUUCCACGGUCAAAGUCAAUUAGAUUACGUUUCUGAGCAGAUAUACCUAAUAGUAGCCACUGAAUGUAUGUUGUGAACAGGAACAUGGGAGAGUAUUGUACUGUCAAACAGCUGAACACCAAAUAUUCAUGCAAACAUAUAAAUUCAGAUUAUAGGCCACUCAACCCAUUAUCUUGUUAAGUCUAUAUAACAUCAUGGCAAAAUCUGAUCGUAACCUGAUCUAGGAUACUGCUGGUGCUGGUGACCUUUCACUUCUUUCCUGUCAAGUACCUCUAUACCUCAGUCUUAAAAUGUUUAUACCCAAGCCCUUUGAGGAAGAAGGCUACAAAGACUGCAAUGGCCUGAGAAAUAAAUUUUCACCUCAUCUCUCUGCGACUAGAAUGAACGGUGUGUUAGUACAGUAGUUAGAGCAAAACAAUUUACAGCACCGGUGAUCACCAGUUUGUUUCCCACUGCUGUCUGAAAGAAGUUUAUAUGUUCUCCCUGUCACCAUGAGGGUUUCCUCACUCAUUCCAAAGUCGUACGGGUUAGAGGUAGUAAACUCUGGGUAUGUUGUGUUCACACUUGUGAGCUGCCCCCAGCACAUCCUCAGACUGUGUUGGUUGUUGAUGCAAAUGGUGCAUUUCACUGUAUGUUUCAAUAUUUAAUUUACAUGUGAUCAAGUAAAGCUAAUCUUUCUUUUAACUGCACCUUAACUUGGCUCCAAACCUCAGGCAAUUACAACCGUGGCUGCUUUGUUUUAGUCCGUUCAGUGAAUUACCAUAUUGUGGUCAUCAGAAUGGAGCCAUGUACUCCAAAGUGACCU